UUCCAAAUUUUGCCGAAGAACGGAGAGAGGGGGGGAGGGGGAGAGAGCCAGAAUGAUUCACGGGUCGAGAAUCUAUCUAUGUUUCUUUGUUACAUGUCAUGGCGAUUGAAAAAGUUCGAAUUUCGGGGAUUAAUUUUGAUGGUUCGGAGUCCAUUUGAUGCAUAAUGAGCUCAAAUUCUAUUGUUCUCUGAGAAUGGAGAGAUCGCUGCGUUGGUGACCGGGUUUCUUCGAGACGAUCUUUAAUAUUUGCUUGUGGAUCUGUGAGGAUUUGAAAUCAUGCCGUCUCACGCGGAUCUGGACCGUCAGAUCGAGUAUCUGAUGGAGUGCAAGCCGUUGCCGGAAGCGGAUGUGAAAAUACUGUGCGAUCAGGCGAGAGCGAUUCUGGUAGAGGAGUGGAACGUGCAGCCGGUUAAGUGUCCGGUGACGGUGUGCGGUGAUAUUCAUGGCCAAUUUUACGAUCUCAUUGAACUGUUUCGGAUAGGAGGCCGUACUCCUGAUACUAAUUACCUUUUCAUGGGUGAUUAUGUGGAUCGCGGGUACUACUCUGUCGAGACGGUUACUCUUCUCGUGGCUCUGAAGGUUCGUUAUAGAGACAGAAUUACUAUCUUGAGGGGUAAUCACGAGAGCCGACAAAUAACUCAAGUGUAUGGCUUUUAUGAUGAAUGCUUGCGAAAAUAUGGAAAUGCCAAUGUCUGGAAACACUUCACCGAUCUGUUCGAUUACCUCCCUCUUACAGCUCUAGUUGAGAGUCAGGUUUUCUGUUUGCAUGGAGGGCUUUCUCCAUCCUUGGAUACCUUGGAUAACAUUCGCUCAUUGGACCGUAUACAGGAGGUCCCCCAUGAGGGGCCGAUGUGUGAUCUCUUAUGGUCGGAUCCAGACGACCGGUGUGGAUGGGGAAUAUCUCCACGUGGGGCUGGGUAUACAUUUGGUCAGGAUAUAGCUACUCAGUUCAAUCAUACAAAUGGGCUUACUCUUAUAUCCAGAGCGCAUCAACUUGUCAUGGAAGGAUACAACUGGUGUCAGGAUAAGAAUGUGGUGACUGUCUUUAGCGCUCCAAAUUAUUGUUAUCGAUGUGGAAAUAUGGCCGCAAUUCUGGAAAUUGGGGAGAACAUGGAUCAAAACUUUCUACAAUUUGACCCAGCUCCUCGGCAAAUUGAGCCAGAUGCCACUCGCAAGACUCCUGAUUAUUUUUUGUGAUUACCAUAUGGUUGAUCAUUGUAAGUGUCGUGCUGUAGAUUUUACUUUCAAAAGGCCUUAUUGUCACGGGUGAGAACCAGAUUAUCUUCAAUGUCAUUCUUUUCAUUGUAGUUUUAGUUUUGUUCUGUUGCUUCUUUGAUGUUAAAAAAAAAAAAA